AUGGUAAAGCCUGCACAGAAUAGCCCCUCUCCCAAAUUGGAGGACGCGUCAGGCAUCAGCAGCGAGCGUGAGCAGCUACUAUUCCAUACAGACCAUACUGGAGAAUGGACGCACCGUGCCAGGCAGAAGUGUGCCCGAAUCCUUGAUUGCUCUUCCAGCACAUUUGACGCUGGCAGUCGGUACAGUAGGUACGGCGAGAUCGACUCGUUCAGCCCUUGGUUCCCCGAAACCGAUCCUAAAAAUCCUCGAGCCCUAACCUGGAUCAAGAAGCUUUCACAUCGAGGAACGUCACUGUUCAUACAGAUAGUCAUCUCGACUGCGGUACUCAUAUUCAACAUCUCAGUGUUGAUCUACGCUGUGACAAAAGUACGGCAUAUCCAAUGGCUUUGGAGAUGUAUCAAUGUUGUGUCGACUCUGCUUCUGGGUUCCAACAACUAUUGCGCACAGCUACUGGCGGCUCCAACGAGGUCCGAGGUCGACAUGGCGCACGACAAGGGAGAUUGGCUUGAUAUCGGAGUGCCGAGCCUUCGCAAUUUGUGGAAGAAGAGAAUCGCCCGAAAUCGCAAAGCUGCAUGGACACUGUUAAUGAUCAGCUCAGUCCUCUUACAUCUUGUAUGGAAUUCCGCCGUCUUCGCGGCAAAACCGUACCGAAUAGCAAUCGUCACCUCGGACUACCUCGCAGACGCCGGACCGUGGCCGACUCAGAACAAUCAGACACUCUACAUGCUUCGAAAUACGGGAUCGCUCUCCCAUUUGAACAAAAGCCAAUGCAUUGAAUGCUAUAUAAGCCCCAAUCCUGGGCAGAUGGACGUUCUGGUCGUCGCCGCUAACGUCACAAUGCAAGAUUACGCAUCCCUGGCGGGCGGCAAUGAUAGCUCAUCUCUUCUGUGCGAGUAUGACAAUUUCGAUGGUGGGACUGACUGGAUCUGGGCUCAAAGCUGGUUGUGUUCAGCAUACGCGCAGCCCGGAGCCCAGCCUGGAUCAUGGUGCACUCCCGAAUUCCCCCUUGCCAAGGAGGUGGAGUGCACUCUGAAGGAGUACCCUUGGCUUAGAAAUGGAGUUGUUGGCAAGUCUCUUCGGGUAAAAGUGGAUCACUGUCUCAGCGCCGGGGUCGAACUUUGCAGUUUGCGAUACAGCGCCCAAAUCCUGCUCGUGGUUUGUAUACUCAAUUUGGGCAAGUGCGCUGCCAUUUACUACACAGUCUAUCUUCAUAAUCGAAGCGACACAAACCCCAGAGAGAAAGCUUCACUUGUCACCGCUGGCGAUGCUGCAGCAAGCUUUCUUGCGGAAGAGGAUCUCACUACCGAACACCUGUCAUGUGCAAGCCGGGAGGAAUUCACUGGGAAAGAGUGGCCUACUAAACGCUCGCCGAGGUUACAUCCAGGACCGUCACGGUAUGCCAUUCCCUGGUUCAGAGCUGCUAGCAGCACCCGGUGGCUUGUGACCCUAGCACUCUGUGUUGCCGUUUCAGUGGUCGCUGCUGUGCUUCUUGCCCAGGGCAUUGAUGCACAACGAAAUCGUGCCAUUGCCGUGACUAUCAGAUCGUUGACAGCUCAUGGCCUUGGUACUACGCAACCAUACGCCACAGCACUUGGGACCCUUGCAAGACACAUGAGCCCGCUUGCUGGUUUCUAUGUCGCGACUCUGUUCGCGAAUAUGUGGCAGGUAAGCAGGACAAUUCGGUUCAUCUCAUGCUCAGCAUGGCUUUCAUUGACUGCUUAUUGGUAA